GCCUAAUUAUGCUUAAGACCUUUAGAGCUGUUUGGAUAAGUUCUGGUAACGUGUUGUUGGGAUGUAACGUUACAGCCAUCAAUACCAAAAGUGCACACACUGUGUUAAAACACUGCUGGAAUGACGCAAACAAACGCGUAAAAUAGAGUAGACACGUUUCAGAGCUUUAAAGAUGCAUCAGUGUUUGUAUGUUUUUCACUUUCUUCUGAUUGAAGCAAUGCAUGUAUUCUAUCCCAUCCAUCACCUCCACCCCUCCCCUCACUCUCCAAACACAUAAGCGGGUUACGGUUCAUUUCUAGCCCAUUCUCUCUCGUGGCACCGUGGUGGGCAGAAACGUGUGCUGCUGACUUUGCAUCGCCAGAUAUCUUGUGUCUGAGAAAGUCUUCUGUUGUUGUUUUUCUUUCUUGCAGUGAGAAAGUGGAGAUGAUUCAGCUUCAGCAGAACGCAUACUGCAGCGCGUAAAAGUUGUGGAUGGUUACCUUUGCGCAUCAACAUUUAAAGGACUAUUGUAUCUCCGAAAGUUGUAGUGUAAUACAAGAGCAGGUGAAAUUCUUCCCUCUGCAAAAAUUGCGCCCACAAGCAGGCUGGACGACCAUCCACCUCGGAGAACACAGCGAAUCCGCAGAGUGCAGAUGAUCGCAACUGGUGUUUGUGGCGUCGCGCUGGUGCUGGUGUUGGUGGUUCUGAUCCCGGUAAUGGUGAAUACCGCCGGGACUCCUGCCCGCUAUGAGAUGCUGGGAUCCUGUCAAAUGGUCUGUGACUCUCACGGGACCGCCGCCACUGCUACGGCCAAGGCGACCAACCCGAACAAAGACAACCGCCUAGUCCAGUCGCUUCCGACGUUCAUCCAAGGUCCUCAAGGAGAGCCGGGACGCGUCGGGAGGAUGGGUCCGAGGGGUCCUGGUGGCGAACCGGGGCCACCUGGACCUGCUGGUCCACCCGGAGAGAGAGGGGCACCGGGCCCCCCGGGUCCACCGGGAGCACCCGGAGCAAACGGGCCCAACGGUGCAAUCAGCGCUGCUACUUACAACACAGUCCCAAAGAUUGCGUUUUAUGCAGGACUGAAGAAGCAGCAUGAAGGAUAUGAAGUGCUGAAAUUCGACGACGUAGUCACCAAUAUUGGCAACCACUACGACCCCUCUACAGGGAAAUUCACCUGCUCAAUACCGGGGAUUUACUUCUUUGUUUACCAUGUGCUGAUGCGAGGCGGAGAUGGGACCAGCAUGUGGGCUGAUCUCUGUAAAAACAAGCAGGUGAGAGCCAGUGCCAUCGCACAGGACGCCGACCAGAACUACGACUACGCCAGCAACAGUGUUGUCCUUCAUCUCGAGCCCGGGGACGAGAUUUACAUCAAACUGGACGGCGGAAAGGCUCACGGGGGUAACAACAACAAGUACAGCACCUUCUCCGGCUUCAUGUUGUACGCUGAUUGAAGAUCUGCUCUGAACAUCGCUUGCUUCACUGCUCAUGCUCAAUUCAAUGUCAGUUGGAUUAUUAGAGACAGAGCUCAACAUUUUCCAUAUUGCAAGAGUCACAGAGAGAUGUGGAGGAGGUCAUGCGUAAGAGAGAGAGAAAAAAAAGAACUAACUGAACUUUGGGAUGUAAGAGCUUACAGUAUAAUUACACAAUAAUAAUGAAUUUUAAAGUGUACAGCAUUCAAAUGUUCCCAUGUCAGAUUGAUUAGUGUCGCUAUUGCACCCUGAAUGAACUGUUUAGCUUUACAAAUUAAGUUUGCUGAUAUGUCAAACAUACUGUAGCUGCUGUGGUUACCACACACUGAGUGACACUGAAUGUACUGACUUUUAGCACUUGAGUAUAGAUGUUAAAAUUAUACUGACAUAAUCACAACUCUGUUCACGGUGUUCUUCAUCCAUGUGUGCGCUUUAUUUUUUCACAAAUAUUAGACAGUUGUUGAAUUUAUGGGGUAAAAAUGUAAAAGUAGUGAUGCAUGAUUAUAUA